AUGAUUGGCCUCAAGAGCACCCUCAAUGUCCUGGACAACUCGGGCGCGCUCCUCGUCGAGUGCGUCAACGUCCUCAAGCACAAGGUGAACAACGGGUGCGGCACCGUCGGCGACGAGAUCGUCUGCGUCGUCAAGCGCGCACGACCCGUGAGCGCCGCCGCCGCGUCGUCUGCCACGGCCGCGAAGGUCCGCCGGGGCGACGUGCGGCGCGCCGUCAUCGUCCGCACGCGGAAGGCGGUUCGGAGGCCGGACGGCCGGAUGAUCCGCUUCGACGACAACGCGGCGGUGUUGUUGAACAACAAGAAGGAGAUGUUGGGCACGCGUAUAGGUGGUGUGGUCAGCGCGGACCUCAGGACGAAGGGGUGGGGCAAGAUCGUCUCUCUAGCGCCCAAGGCUAUAUGA